AUGCAGGUUGUUGAAACUCUAGGACUGCAAAAUCAAACUGUUAUCAAAGAAUUCAUUCUGCUGGGAUUUACACAUAUUCAGAACAUAAGGAUUAUUUUGCUGCUAGUAUUCCUUAUAAUCUACAUCAUGACCAUUGCUGGAAAUAUCCUUAUUGUUCUACUGGUGGCAACUGACAGACAUCUUCAUACUCCUAUGUAUUUCUUCCUUGGGAAUUUAUCCUGCUUAGAGUCUUUUUAUAGUUCUGCUAUUUUACCCAGAAUGUUGGCUAGUUUCUUCAGUGGGGACAGAUCAAUAUCAAUCAAUGGCUGCUUUGUGCAACAUUAUUUCUUUGCAUACCUAGCAGCUGUGGAAUGUUAUCUCCUUUCAGCAAUGUCCUAUGAUCGAUAUGUGGCUAUAUGUAAACCACUUCAUUAUGUUUUUGUAAUGAAUGGUAAGUUGUGUCUCCUCCUGGCAGCUGGAUCUUGGGUAACUGGAUUCAUUGCCAGUACUAUAACAAUUAUAUUAAUGUCACGGUUAGUCUUCUGUGGUCCAAAUGAAAUUGACCAUUUCUUUUGUGAUACCUACCCAAUUAUGCAGUUGUCUUGCAGCAAUACUCUUCUUUUAAGAAUCUUAAUUUUAACUUUUGUAUCUCUGUUUACUCUUCCCCCAUUUACACUAACAUUAUUGUCAUACACAUUUAUAAUAUCUACUAUCUUUAAAAUUCCAUCUACUAUUGGAAAACAAAAGGCCUUUUCCACUUGUUCUUCUCAUCUCAUUGUGGUAACUAUUUAUUAUGGAUCUAUCACUGUUGCAUAUGCCUUACCAGAUUCAAAUUCCUUGAGCAACUGGAACAAAGUCAUUUCUGCCUUUUAUACAAUCCUAACACCUUUGAUCAACCCUCUCAUAUACAGCCUAAGAAAUAAAGAGGUAAAGGAUUCUCUUCAGAGGUCUAUAGUCAUAAGAUGGGUUAGAAAUCAGGUAAAUGGUCAUAUCAAUAGUCUUCUGCAAACAAACAUCACCAGGCAAUUGGAAAAUGUCUCAAGAAAUAAAUAA